AACACAUUUUGAAAAUCGAAAGUGAAAACUGGUAUAAGUUGUCAGCGACUAAUGACUGGAGACACCAGGAACCACACUGUUGAUCCGGCGGACACCCGUUUGAAAAAGGCACGAGGCGCUUCUGGACAAGGCAGCGCCCGCCGGGCCUGGGGGUUCCGCCGGCGAGGUUUCCGGGAACCCGGGCGCGGCGUCUGGCGGGCCGAGGCGGGGAAUCAUGGCAGCUGAUGAAAAUAACAAAAAACAAGUUCUUAAGGAGCAUGAGCAAGCUGAAGAAUUUAUGAAAGAUGAACAACACCAGAAAUUAAUUAGCGAAAUUGAAAAGGAAAAUAUUCAGUUAAAGGAGGAGCUCCAAAAGCUUGAAGCUGAGUUACAAGAGUCUACCAGAAGCUCCCAGAUUAACGAGGAUAUUCCUGAAACAAAGAUAAAGUUCACAUCUGUAGAGAAUCCUGAGAGUGACAGCCAGUUUUCAAAUGUCUCCUAUUCGUGUCAAGUGAGCUCAAAAGUCCCUUAUGAACUGCAAAAAGGACAAGCACUUAUCACCUUUGAAAAAGAAGAAGUUGCCCAAAAUGUGGUCAGAAUGGGGUUCCAUCAUGUGCAGAUACAGGAUGUAAAUGUGAAGGUUAUGGCUAAGCCGGUUGCAUUAAACUCAGGCGUCAGAUUCCAGGUUCACGUACACGUGUCUAAAAUGAAGAUCAACGUUACUGACAUUCCUGAUCAACUGCCUGAAAGCCAGAUGAGGGACAAGCUAGAACUGAGUUUCUGUAAGUCCCGCCACGGAGGCGGAGAAGUGGAGUGCGUGGAGUACAGCAGGCAGGCCCGGAGCGCCGUCGUCACCUUUGUGGAGAGCGGAGUUGCUGACAAGAUUUUGAAAAUGAAAGACUAUCCUCUUUAUAUAAAUCAAAACUGCCAUAGAGUUACUGUUUCUCCAUACACAGAAACACACUUGAAAAAGUUUCAGGUAUUUUCAGGAGUAACUAAGAAGACAGUGCUUCUGACUGGACUGGCAGACCUUCAGAUAAUAGAUGAAGAAACUGUAGAGGAUUUCAUUAAUAUUCACUUUCAGCGGGAGAAGAAUGGAGGUGGAGAAGUCGAGGUGGUCAAGUGUUCCCUCGGGCAACCUCACAUUGUAUACUUUGAAGAAUAGACUCGUAGAAUCAUAUGACAAUUACAGCUUCUGAACCCAAAUCACUGUCAGUGCUUGACAAAAAUGAAUAUCCUUUUCCUUAAAAAAAUGAAAAAUUUAAUUCUUUAGUGUUUAUUCUCAGAUGCAAAAUACAUUUCUAUGCUUUUGAAUUCUUUGUUUCCAACUCUGCUGCAUGCUUACAAAUGCAAUAAGUGUAUUAAAACAGUUUUGUUUAUAAA